CUACAACAUUUGGUGAUCAAGUGUCAUUUGAUGAGAAUGGUGAUGCCUUAGCAAUCUAUGAUGUCAUGAACUGGCUGUGGCUCCCUGAUGGAACAACUAAAGUUCAGAAUGUGGGUGAGGUCAAAAGUAUAGCCACCCCACUCAGUGUGCAGUGAAAGUUGUCAUCCAGGUACCCGCAUGGCCAGAAAGAAAGGGGAACCUGUGUGCUGUUUUGACUGCAUCCCCUGUUCUGCGGGGAAGAUCAGUAAUGACACUGAUGCCAGUGAGUGCACCAGCUGUCCUGAGGACUUCUGGUCCAACCCCCAGCGUGACCACUGUGUUCCAAAGGAAACAGAGUUUCUGUCCUACAAUGAGCCUCUGGGUAUUGGCUUGACAGCUGCCUCCUUGCUGGGAACAUUUAUGUGUGCUUUUGUCCUGGGCAUCUUUAUUUAUCAUCAUAGCACACCCAUAGUACGUGCCAACAAUUCAGAGCUGAGUUUCCAGUUACUACUGUCUCUGAAGUUAUGUUUCCUGUGUUCACUGCUGUUUAUUGGUCGUCCCAGACUGUGGACAUGCCAGCUGAGACAUGCAGCAUUUGGGAUCAGCUUUGUGCUUUGUGUCUCAUGCAUUUUGGUAAAAACCAUGGUGGUCCUGGCUGUGUUCAAGGCAUCGAAGCCAGGAGGAGGCGCUAGUCUGAAGUGGUUUGGUGUUUUACAGCAGAGAGUGAUAGUUAUUGCUCUCACUUCUCUUCAGGCAGCAAUCUGCACUGCAUGGAUUGUAUCUGCCUCACCAACUCCUCAUAAAAACACUCAAUAUUACAAUGAUAAGAUUGUUUAUGAGUGUGCAGUUGGGUCAACAGUUGGUUUUGCGGUGUUACUGGGCUAUAUUGGCUCAUUGGCUUCCCUCAGUUGUUUGAUUGCAUUCAUAUCAAGGAAUCUUCCAGAUAGUUUCAAUGAGGCCAAACUCAUUACCUUCAGCAUGCUGAUCUUCUGUGCUGUGUGGGUGGCCUUUGUCCCUGCCUAUGUCAGCUCACCAGGCAAAUAUGCAGAUGCAGUUGAGGUGUUUGCCAUAUUGGCCUCCAGUUUUGGUCUCUUGGUGGCACUGUUUGGACCCAAAUGUUAUAUAAUCCUGCUGAGACCAGAGAUGAACACAAGAAAAGCGAUCAUGGGUCGGGAAGUCUAAACGUAAUAACUGCGCUUAUCUUCAUGAGACACAAUGAAUACUUUUUUCUGUCUGCAAUACAAAAAUUUGUCAGCUUGACUUAUUUUAACAAUAUUAUGCAAGUUCACUUACAUCACAUAUGUAAAUAAUGUCAUGCACAUUACGUAAAGGAUAUUCCCCAC